AUGCGUUACUGCGUAUCAUCAGUACUCUUCUGUGUGAAUAAAUGCACACACGUCCCAAACCUAAGCAAAAGGAAAAUGAGCAGCACAGUGGUCAAGGCAAGUAAUGGUGAAAUGCCAAAAACAAAGGAGCAGAAGGAUGAGGUGAAAAACGAGUACCAAGUAGAGACAAACAAAGAGCUACAAGUAAACUUAAAUUUCCACAAUAACAACAUCAUAUCGAAUAUAUUUUCCAAUUUGAGUCUUUUUGAUUAUCUAACAAAUAUCUUCACGAUUAACAAAAAGACGUAUAUGUUAAAAUAUUGUAAUAAGCUAAAUGAAGACAAUUUUUACAUUUCGUACUUCCAAAAAGUGAAUGACAAAUUUGCUCAGAUAUCCCCAUGGCAUGACAUCGACUUGAUGAAUGAAGAUGGCACAUACAACAUGGUCGUCGAAAUUACAAAGUACAAUUAUAUAAAGUUGGAAAUCCAGUUGACAGAAAACUUUAAUGUUAUUAAGCAGGACACGAAGAAGGGCAAGCUGCGUUAUUACCACAACUCCAUUUAUUGGAACUAUGGUGCCUUACCACGCACGUACGAGUACCCCAAGCACAUUUACAGCUGCCAGACUGGGGACAACCAGGACUUGUUCUUCACGGGGGACGACGACCCUCUGGACGUGGUGGACGUGGGCCAGAAUAGCCUCAAAAUGGGGCAGGUCGUCCCAGUCAAGAUCCUUGGAGCAUUCACCCUCAUUGAUGAGGGACAGCUGGACUGGAAGAUCAUCGCCAUCAAUAAACACGACAAACACUUCGACGACGUGAACUCCCUGGAAGACGUGGAGAAGUACUACCCCCACACACUGAAUAUGCUCCUGGAGUGGUUCCGCUCGUACAAAAUGGCCGAAUCGAAAAAAUUAAACAUAAUUUCCAAAAAAAUGCACACCAAAGAGGAGAGCGAAGGGUUAAUUAAAAAGACGCAUGAAUAUUACUGUGAGUUCCUGCGGGAUAUGAAAAAGUACGAAUGUGAUCAGACGAGUCAAAGCACCUGUGGAAUCAGCACAAAACAACAUUCAGGCAGUAGUGACCUCAGCUUGAGUACCCUUCCAAAGAAAUCAUCUCAGGACGAUUCUCUCUACAACAGUCUUCUGCAGGACAUUAGCAUUUCCUACUAUAUGGCCGAUCCGACGUACAGGCCGAACGAGCACAUAUGGAUCCACUGA